CGCGCGGUACAUCGUGGUAUAGAGACCCAGUGUCAUGUCCGACUAUAUAGCUUUGCCUGUCAUACAUACUUGAUUGAUUUGUCGCUCGCGGCUUUCCUCCUCGGUAACGACUCCAAGCUCUGCAGUUCGCUCGAACACGGUGUGAUUUGUUUCCAAGGCUCGAUCGGUUCUGGCCAAUCGGUUGUGAACAUUUCUCUCUGGUCUUCGACUGCUUAGCAAGGCGGGAGCCAACGAUGACGAUGAUUUACAAGCUGUUGGUCACCGUCGCGGUGAUCUGUGAGUGCGCGUUGGCCCAUCACCUGCGCCAUCACGGAGACGCAAAGAGCUUGCAGGAGAAGGAGCACCUGCCUUACGGCUACAAGAAGCUCGACAAAAUGAUGAACAAGGCCAUACUGCAAAUAAUCCUCGGGGAGCUGCAUCCCUCCGACGUGCUUUUGCUGAAAGCUCUGAAUUACACGCUCGAGGAGGUGAUGGCAAUCCGCGAACACGAGCUAAGUAAAUUGAAAGCCGAGAAAGCGUUGGGUGGUUCCAAAUACCAAGUGCAUCAUCGUUCCUUUCAACGUGACGCAAGCCUCGACACCUACAACAAACAAGCGGUCUACGAUUACGAGAACGCGCAAACGGAGGAAGACAACAAGCCGACGACCGAGGACAGCGCGAGGCAGACUUUCGAUCGCGCAAUGGAACCCCACGUGGUUUUCAAAAUACGCUACGACGAUGCGGACUUCGAUCCGGCCUCCGAUCAAACAGCCAAGACUAUUUUCAAGAACCAUCGCACCAAAACGAUCUUCGUACCCGAUCGCGGCGUCAACUCGGCUGCUAGGCAGUCCUUUCAAGUUGACGGGGACCUUAGCCCUGGUGCUGCUCUCAAUGUUGCUGCUACUUUAGAAGCCACUUCCAGUGGUAGUGUCAAUCUCGAGGACUUUAAUAAGCAAGCCAUUGCCGAUUAUGAAAAUCUCGUACCCAAUGGAGAACAGGAGGAUAAACACGAGUUUGCUAAUCAAGAGAAUUUUUUAAGAUCGAUCAAUGAUAGUAGUAGUACUACUAGACCCAUCGGAGAAUACGAAGGCUUGGAAUGGAUUGGAGAUGAUGUAUAUCGCGUCGUACCCGAAGCUAUCGAGGCGAUGCUUAAUUACGAGGAUCCAGAACAAAUUUCAUCCGCCGAUGCGCUCAAUGAUACGCUCGAGUAUCAGAAUGAUGCUGAGGCUGGAGAUGCUGCAGCUGCUGGCAACUUUACCGAGAAUAUGAAUCUCACGUCGUAUCAGCGACUUGCACUCGCUCAGCGAAGAGACGAAAAUUUGACCUCGAUUUUGCAUAGUCAAGGACAAAAAGCUAUCGAAGACAUAAAGAUGCGCGUCUUGGCCAUGACAGGAAGAUUUAACCUUAGUUCACCCAACAAUCAGGUGCAACGUGAAAAACUGACCAUGUUCUCGCCUUCCUGUCAAACGCCACGGAACACAGACGCGGAAGCGUGGUCGGACUCAUACCUCAUGAACAUGCACUUCCAACUGAACCUGACCUCGGGCGAGCACGUGCUCGCGGCAAAGUUACGUCUGUACAAACUGCCCCAAGAAAGUCUCGCCUCAAGCUCAUCGACGUCAACAAGCAGUAGCAUUUACGAAGAAGACGAGGAGGACGAGAAGAAAAUUAGAGUAUCGGUUUACUUCUACACCAAGUCCCUGAAGAAGCACCGAGUGAAAAAACGCUUGAUGGAUUCGAUCGUAACACCACUGACAGCACAAGGUAGCCACUUAGCCCUUGACGUGCGACAAGCCUUGCGCUUUUGGCGACCAAAUGCUCAGCAGCAUAAUAACAGCAACCAUGGUUUGGUAGUGCAAGUCGAGGAUCAAGACGGUAGAGCUCUCAAACCCUCAUUAUACAUCCAGGAGCCAAACUGUCAGACGGGUCCUAGACAGAAUCCAGAUGAGAAGGCAUACCAAUUCGUCCCUGCACUUUUCGUUAGAGCCUGCAUUCGUUAUGUUCGCUUCGUAAAUGGAAAAAUGGAGAUGUACGUACAAUGUCGACAGAGGCAUUGACCGACAAAAACGAUACCACAAUCAGCACGAAAAUUGAAAGACUUUUGAGUGUUGAGUGAAGAAAAACAACAAAAGAAAAAUUAGUAUUUGUACUAAAUAUAUAUGCAUUAUCCAAUCAGUUUAAUUGAUCAGGUCCAGAUACUUAAAAUCGCUGCGGUGAAUUUGUUUUUUGAUAUCCGAGGAAAACGAUAAAACCGAGCGGUAUAUGACUUUGAUAAGAGCGUGAAUCCUACGCGCAGGUUUUGAUGUUACGACAUGCUGUAAGUCGCUAGCACUGAUGAACCACGUACAAUCGAGCGGCUCAUCAAAUGGCGAGGACAACGACGCAGACUGUUUUUUUAAUUAUUCUAACGAAUCGUAGAUUACGACAUAUCUUAAUAAUUGAUAAGAUAAAAUAUGCGGACUCGCGAAAGUCAAGAGUGCAAUAAUGCUGUUGACGGAAUCGAGUCAUUUUUAAAGUGUCUGAGUGUGUAUUGAUUGAUGUAUUGUAAAUAGUUUCGUUGUUUAAUUAACUCCGAACACACAAUUUAACUUUAUACUGCUUCCUCCUUCACGUUACAAAACUACGUUGCACUUACUUUUAACGUGUAGGUUUCAAGCUCCAACGACUGAUAUAGCCAAAUGUAGAUAAUAAGCCCUGCGUGCGAGACUUUAUAUAUAUUUAUGAUAUUUUUUUUGCAAACAAAAGAGAAUGAACUUGUAAGGUUUAUUUUAGCUUUUUUCUUUGUUGUACUUUUCUAAGCAGCUCAUGAAGUUGUUAGUAUUUUAUAGAUAAGCGAGAUCAAUGCAGAAACACUAUGUUUUUAUGUGUACUUGUAAAUAAUGUAUAUUUUGAAUCUUUUUUCUAUUUGAAUAAGGAAAUAAAUAUAU